UCAAGGUUGAUGAGGGUAAACUCUGUGAGGAAUGGAGGGCAUAUAUUCUUGUUAAGUCUUUAAAAAAUAAUGUUGACUGGCUGCUCAGAAAAGCCAUCUUUGCAUUGUUCCUCGUCCGGCUCCUUGCUCACCGCAGCCGCGUCAGCCGCGUGCCUCCUUUGCCGCCGUGGACUCCAGCAGCUUUAUCGCCAGAGUCCCUGACUCUCGCCUUCUUCUUAAUCACAUGCAUUGGAUCACUGCUGUGCCCCAGCAUGUCAGACGCAGCCGUAGACACCAGCUCCAAAAUCACCACCAAGGACUUGAAGGAGAAGAAGGAAGUUGUGGAAGAGGUGGAAAAUGGAAGAGACGCCCCUGCUAACGGGAAUGUGAAUGAGGAAAAUGGGGAGCAGGAGGCUGACAAUGAGGUAGAUGAAAAAGAAGGUGGGGAGGAAGAGGAGGAGGAAGAAGAAGGUGUUGGUGAGGAGGAGGAUGGAGAUGAAGAUGGGGAAGCUGAGUCUGCUGUGGGCAAGCAGGCAGCUGCAGAUGAUGAGGAUGACGAUGUGGAUACCAAGAAGCAGAAGACUGACGAGGAUGACUAGACAGCAAAA